GCUGCUCCAGAGGUCCUACAAACACAACCUGGACUUCAUUAACUCCAUCAAUGCAGCCCUGAGCUCCCGGAAAGCCACAGCCUACAGUGAACAUGAGACCUACACUCUGCAGCAGCUAAAGCACAGGGCUGGGGGACCAGCCUCAUACAUCCCCAGACGUGUUGGCCCUGCCUCUGUAACAGCAAUGCUAGUCAAGAUGGCGUCCGUCCUCCCUGAGCGCUGGGACUGGAGAGACGUCAACGUUGUCAACUACCUCAGUCCUGUCCGCAACCAGGCUUCGUGUGGUAGCUGCUAUUCUUUUUCCUCGAUGGGAAUGUUGGAAGCUCGUGUCAGGAUUUAAACAAACAACACUGAGACGCCCAUCUUCAGUCCACAGUUGUGACGGUGGUUUCCCCUACCUUAUUGGAAAGUACGUCCAGGACUUUGGGGUCGUGGACGAGUCGUGUUAGCCGUACGUUGGGAAGGAUUCCCCUUGUGACGUUCCCAAUGGCUGUCUCCGCCACUACGCCUCGGACUACAGCUACGUGGGAGGGUUCUACGGAGGUUGCAGUGAGUCUGCCAUGAUGCUGGAACUGGUCAAGCAUGGCCCCAUAGGGGUGGCCUUCGAGGUGUAUCCUGACUUCAUGCACUAUAAGGAGGGUAUCUACCAUCACACGGGCCUCCAUGACUCCUACAACCCGUUUGAGCUGACCAACCACGCGGUGCUGCUGGUGGGCUAUGGCCACUGUCACAUGACUGGUCAGAAGUUCUGGGUGGUGAAGAACAGCUGGGGGACAAGGUGGGGCGAGGGGGGCUUCUUCAGGAUCCGACAGGGAUCUGACGAGUGUGCCCUCGAGAGCAUCGCCGUGGCAGCCAAGCCCAUCCCCAAACUUUAGAGGAGGUUGUCAAAUUUUUGUUUUCCCAAAUGGAGGCUAGCCUGAUACUUUGGCCCCAAGUCUGAAAUGGUUUUUGUUUUGAAAUUUCGUUUUUGUGUAGCUGAUAGAAGCUCAAUCAAAUGGCUGGAACAUUGAUAUAAAUAAUCAGUAACUGAAGCUUUUCAACUUGCUUGCUCGACUUGGCUCCUUGCCAACCAAAGAUGCAUUCUUGGUAAUGAUGCCUAAAAGGAACUUGAUUUAAUUCACAAUGUAACUGGAAUUUGUAGUUAGAGUUUUGUAGUUCGGUUUUUGAUAGGUCAGAGGACCUCAGUUAUUUAUCUCAGGGGGAUUGCUGUCUCAUCAGUGUAGAAAGGUACACAAUGUCAGUGCCUUGAUGUUUCUCUCCUUUCAGAAGUGGUUGUGUUUCAUUAGACAUGUGCUGUAGUUUUCCAAUAAGUUCACAUGAUGCAAAGAUUUGCACAGGUUUUCUGUUUUGAAAUAAAAAUAAUAAAGUUGAUUUUUACAAUUAUUAGUGGUGUGUACCCUUUUUCUGACAAAUAUAAAUAGGUUUCGCUGUAUGCACAGAACUCUAUGGCUAGAACACUGCAGGUCUUGCACAUCCUUUUUCUGGAGUUGCACAACUAACUCGGAUAUUUGGAGAGGAACAAACUCGAGGCGAGACUUCAGUCUUCAGAUGGGGUAGCCCAGCCCCACGCGCUCACGUCUGACCUCGGGCUGAGCCUGGCGAGUCACAAGGUCCCGAUGUUCACUUUUCUUCCCCACUUCUCUGGGCGUUCCUUCCGGAUCGUUAGAGCGCACCGCUCCUCAUUCUCGCGCCUCUUCUCCCCUCACUGUGUAUUAAUGCUCUACCGUAGCGCUCCGCGGUCGCCAUGCAGAACAACUACAAGGAGCACCUCUAUAAGAUCCUGGUAAUAGGGGACCUGGGGGUGGGGAAGACUAGCAUCAUCAAGCGCUAUGUUCACCAGAACUUCAGCCCCAACUACCGGGCCACGAUAGGAGUGGACUUCGCCCUGAAGGUCCUUAACUGGGAGCAAGAGACUGUUCGGCUACAGUUAUGGGACAUAGCAGGUCAGGAGCGCUUUGGUAACAUGACGAGGGUCUACUACCGUGAAGCCAUGGGGGCGUUCAUCGUGUUUGACAUGACGCGGCCUUCCUCCUUCGAGGCCGUCACCAAGUGGAAGGAGGACCUGGACUCUAAACUCACACUGGCCAAUGGGAAAAAUGUGGCCGCUGUGCUAUUGGCUAAUAAGUGCGACCAGGGGCGGGACGUGCUGACCAACAACGGGAUCCAGAUGGAGAAGUUCUGUCAGGAGAAUGGCUUUGUGGGAUGGUACGAGACCUCUGCCAAGGAGAAUAUGAAUAUAGAUGAAGCAGCUAACUGUUUGGUGAAGCACAUCAUCGCCAACGAGAAUGAUAUCCUCCAACCAGAAGAACCUGACACCGUCUCUCCGCAAUUAAAUUCUGUCAGGGGUGGGACCUGCUCCUCCUGUUUCAAAUCAUAGAACACCACCAUCACCAUCACUACACACCACCAUCACUACACACACCACCAUCACUACACACACCACCAUCACUACACACCACCAUCA